AUGAUUUGCUCGUGUGGCCGCUGCAUUCUACGGGUUCAAACCUGCGCCUCGCAAGGUCACUUCAACGAGGCAAUUCACGCCUGUUUGCCAGCUCUUCACGGUCCUCAGGAGGUGGUGGACAUCAUCGGAAGUCUACUAGCAGCCUGGCAGGCCAGUCUCAAGAAGCAGAAGCGAGAACAGCAAGAUGCCAUGGAGGCCUUGGUGUCUGAGGCCGCAGCGCAUGGGCUCUUGCUGCGCCAGGGCCCUGAGACUGCGCAGGCGGCCAAGUUCUUUGCCCGCGCGAAGGAGGCCACUCGCGAGAGAAAGGAGCACAGAGAUCAAGUGGACAGAUGGAGCACAGCAGAUUUCGAGACGCUUGCCAUCCUUGGCAAGGCGCGAAAAUUGCAAAAGGCUAAGCGCAUGCCCCACGGCAAGGACCACUACAAGAAGAAAAAGAAUGCCUUGGCGUUCAACGAACGUGAUGCGCUGGCUGGCCUGAGUGCUCGCUGGUGCACCACGCUACUGUGCGCCUUCCAGGAUGCCAGGAAUCUGUUUAUGGUGAUGGAGUUCUUGCAAGGAGGGAGUUUGACCACACACAUCACAAGGCGAGGCAGACUUUCGUUGGAGGAGACUGCAUUCUACAUGGCCGAGCUGAUAGAGGCUGUUUCUGUUGUUCAUCGUUACGGCCAUGUGCACCGGGACUUGAAACCCGACAACAUGAUGCUGGGUGCCAAAGGCCAUCUCAAACUGUUGGACUUCGGCCUAUCAGCCGCAAGAGACGAGAGCGGCGUUGCCAAGUGUGACAUGAUCUGCGGAACUCCAGAGUACAUGUCGCCAGAAGCCUUUGAGGGCUACAGCAGCUGCAAGAGCGACAUAUGGGCCAUCGGAGUCAUUACUUACGAAUGUUUGACUGGGCUGCUGCCUUUCGACGUUCCGUCCGAUACCCGCACAGUGAUGGACAAGGUGGAUGCAAUUGCGGAGCAGGCCUGCAGCAUGGAGGAAGUCUUGCCAGAGAAGCUGCAACUGGCACGGGAUCGGCAAUUCGUCGUUGGAACUCCUGACUCCGAGUUUUCGAAGGCUCGGAUGUUCCUCCAAGGCGUUCUCCGAUCCAACGAUGCGGAGCGCCUGUCCAUGGCGGACUGCAGGGAGGAGGCCUUGUUUGAUGGCCUGGACUUUGCGUCCUUACACCAGAUGCCGCCGCCGCUGAAAAUCAAGGUCAGCAGCCCAACUGAUUUGACCUACUUCGACGUGCCUGACUAUGAGCCGGAGCCUUUGCCGCCACCUCACAACAUGGUGGCAUGGGAUCCUUCGCUGGAGUGGGCCAACUUUGGGCUGGACGGCCAGGUUUACGAUGCCACACGCAAGUCAAGGCGUGAGAGCAAGUACUAA